AUGGCCGAUGAGGGGGAGCUCGCAUCCAUGGAAGACACCAAGGAAUUGAAAUCGUCAAUCUCCUCGGUGAAUGACUCUAUAAGUGAAUUAAGGGAGAUGAUGAUGAGCUUUUUAAUUGUUGUUGAAGGAUACAAGCCUCACAAUCCUAAUGGUUUGUCUCGUAGGGAAGUGGUUGAUUGCCAACUCAACGCCACCGCCUUAUAUAUGAUUCAACAAUCCGUUAGCGAGGAUGAUAGACCCUACAUCGAGAAAGCAACAACCGCCGAGGAUGCUUGGGAUAUUCUUGCCGAAGUAUUCCUUGGAAGCUCAAGCAUGAGGCAAAAUAAGUUCCAAGAGGUUAGCAAUAAAGCCGAAGGAUUCUACAUGGAAGAUGGUGAACAUCAUCGGGAUAUGUACCACCGUCUCAAGGCUCUUGCUAUCUCCUUUCGGGAUCUUGGUGCCACUUAUGUUGAUGAUGAUUGGAUCAAGAGGAAGUACAUCAAUGCUCUAUUGCCCUUUGAACCGGCCGAUCUAAGGAUUCUCAAGAACAAGAACAACUUUGAGCAAAUGACCUCCAAUGAUGUCAUGCAAGAAAUUGAUGCUUUCAAAGUUGAGUCAAAGAUUGCCAUUGAUAGUCGUGCUCGGGCCAUUGGGAUGAAGAGAAGUGAAAACUUAGCAUUGAAGGCACAUGUGUGUGUUAAGGGUGAAGAAGAAUUGAGGGAAACUAAGUAUGAAGGGCACUCCGAAGAACUCAAACGUGAUCUACAUGGUCACAUUGCUCUUCUCACUAAAUCCUUUUGGAGAGACCCUUCCAAGUACAAGUUAAAGGGAAACCAAAGAGGAGAUGCUAAGGGCCCAAGAGUUAUAACUUGCUACAAUUGUGGCAAUCAAGAUCACUUCAUUGCCGAGUGCCCAUAUGAGAAUAGAGAAGAUCAUGGUGGAAAGCUCAUCCUCAAUGACAAGUCAAAGGCUCCAAGCAAGAAGCCCUUUGUCAAGAAAAGUGGCUAUGACAUUUCCAAUAAGAAGCCAUCAAAUUAUGUGUUGAUUGCCUGUGAGGAGUAUUCUUCUGGAGAAGAAGAAGACGAUGACAAAGAUGACUCAAGAAGUUAG